AUCUCCUCCAUUCGAUUACAACCCACCCAUUCAUUGCCGCAAAACAUAGCAUAUAACUCAGAAGAGCUCUCGCUGUUCAUGGUUGAGCCUUUAAACGAUCCGAAAAUUCAUGGCUAUAUCCCUAAACUCAGUCGUGGGCUUCAACUCAACGUGCCUCAGCCCACAUCAAUGCCGUGCCACUCUGCUCCGCUCCUCUCAGUCCAUGUCGCGGUCCGCUUUUCUCAUUGCCACUCAGCUCUUCUCCUCUCCUCUCAAUCAAUGUCGUGCUGCUCUCAUUCACUUGCCCAAAGCUCAGCCCCGUGUCUCCUCCAUCUCCCUCAACCAUUCUGUGCUGCUUUUCUCCUUGAAGUUGCAAGCCAAAUACCCGAAUGUGUCAAGAUAUUGUGUUGGAACUUCGGUACCGAAAGUCACCCAAUUUGCGUCCUUCCCAGGGAAGUUGGGGUCAAGGAGUCUUGUAAAGGAUGAAAGAUGGAGCUUCUCCCUUUCAGUUGCAGAUAGUGAUAGUGCUACCACAAAGACCAGUGAUGAGGGUUUUGCAAACGCAGAAAAUGAACAGUCGCAAGCUGGUGCAAAUAAAGAGUCAGGGUCUCAAGCCUCUGAAGCAUCUAAUGGGUCAACAUUUUCUUCAGAUUUGAAGCAGGAGACAUCAUCGUCUCCGAACCUGCAAUCCACACCAAAAAGAUCACCACUAACAGCCAAAGAGAGACUAAGGGCUGCCCGGGUACUCAACCGUUACAUGGAAUCAAAAGCAACUAAAUCAGAAAUGGGCAGCAAAGUAUUGGAUGCACUGAGGGCGAGUGACGGUGGGAAGAAAAGAUCUGGGCUCCCAGAAGCCCCCACAAACUUAUUUGAUGACAGCAAGCGAGGAAUGCCAAAGCAGGGCCUAACGUUUGAGUUUCCAGGAGGUUUCGAUCUGUUUAUAAUUGCCUUUUCGUUUGUUUUCAUAAGCACAGUGAUGUUUGCUACAACGUACAUUGUUUGGAAAGUAGGUGCAAUCCAUUUUAACGAGUAUUAAGGUGGAGGGCAGUUCUGCGUUUUUGGGCAAAUUACCAUCUUUUAAUGCAUCCUUGUAACUUACAAAUUAGCUG